AACUCCCCACCCCGCAAAAAUAGAAGAAAAAAAAGAAACAAACUUUUUUUUUUAAUGACUGGCUAUAUAUAUUGGCAACAUAAAUGUAUAGUAUAUGAAAAAUCUACACCAAACCAAAAUAGUUCAUUAUUUGGGAGAAAAAAAAGUUGAACAAAGAAAUCAUGUCUUCUUGGAAUUCAGUUCCUCUGCAUGUUUCUUAUGAAGCUUUAGGGUGGUUUGCUUUUGUUUGUUGGUCAAUUAGUUUUUGGCCUCAAGUGAUCUUAAACUUUCGCAGGAAAAGUGUGGUUGGCUUGAACUUUGAUUUCGUGUUGCUGAAUUUGACAAAGCAUACAUCAUAUCUUAUAUACAAUACAUCUUUGUACUUUAGCUCUACAAUUCAACAACAAUAUAGAGAUAAAUACGGCAAGAAAGAGAUGAUACCAGUGGCAGCAAAUGAUGUUGCAUUCUCAGUCCAUGCAGUACUACUAACAGCAGUUUCUUUGUUCCAGAUUGCAAUCUAUGAUCGUGGAAACCAGAAAGUAUCUAAAAUUGCUUGUGGAAUAGUCACUGUUGCAUGGACAACAGCAGUUGUGUGUUUCUUUAUUGCAUUGCACAAUCAUCAUUGGCUCUGGCUUCUCUCAAUCUUCACUAUCAUUCAAGUUUCUAUGACAGUCGUAAAAUAUAUUCCUCAGGCGGUGAUGAACUUUAUGAGAAAAAGUACUGAUGGAUGGAGCAUUUGGAACAUUCUGCUAGACUUUUCUGGAGGGGUAGCAAACUAUGCACAAAUGGCUAUGCAAUCCAUUGAUCAAGGUUCUUGGAUGAACUUCUAUGGAAACAUAGGGAAACUAUUGCUAUCCUUGGUGUCUAUAUUCUUUGACAUCCUCUUCAUCAUCCAACAUUACGUGUUAUAUCCCGAAAGAAAGCGCAAAUUAGAGACAUCUCCUGACUUUGAUAAUGCUAAGUCUUCUGAUCAGACAUUGGCUGAGAAUGUCUAAAAGAUGUAAACUUGUUUUGUAUUAAUAUAUGUCGGAAUGAACACACCAUUUGUAGUUUAUCCUUCUUAUAUAAUGUUCGAAAAAAUGUUUCAAGAUGCUUCGACCCUCAAUUCUCAAAUAUAGUUCUAACUUCUAAGGAAUUCGAAUUCA